UCUCUAAACCACUUGCUCCUUCCAUUGGAAGCACCUCUUUUUUCCCAGAGAAGGAACCAAAACUCCCCUCCCCCUCCCUCUCUCUACGUACAAUAUAAAACCUCUUCCCCUUCCCCCGCCAUUUUCCUCGUCGUCGUCUCUCUCUCUCUCUCUCUCUCUCUCUCAUACUACCCAAUCGCCAUUAAUGUCGUCUUCCAAGCUCAAGGUCGACGAGCUCCGCGCCGAGCUCUCUCGCCGCGGCCUCGACACUUCCGGAACCAAACCCACCCUCGUGCGGCGCCUCGAGUCGGCGCUCCGCAAGGAGAAGAAAGCGGAGGCGGCGGCGGCAGCGGUGAGUGACGGUGCCGCUGCAAAUGCUGGGAAGAAGAGGAAGCGGGACGAGUUAGCGGGGGACGGGGACGUGGACGGGGAAGGGGAUGGAGAUAGGAAUGGGGUGAUUGGCGAUGUUGAGAAGCUUCUAGAGAUGGGUAUUAGGGAGUUGAGGGAAAUGGCGAAGGCGCGGGGAGUACCCGCGAACGGGUCGAAGAGGGAGCUUGCAGAGAGGCUAUGUUCUUCUUCUUCUUCUUCUGCUGAGGACAAGGAUGAGAGAAAAGGAGAUGCAGAGGAGCCCAAGAAGGAGAAGUUGGUGACGGCAACCAAGAAGGGCGCCGCAGUGUUGGAUCAGCACCUCCCGGAUCAUAUGAAGUCCUCCUUUCAUGUUUUGCAGUUGUUAGGAGCAUUGUGCUUUAAUUCCAAUUUUCUUGUUUACUUACAGAUGAGUGUUGAUGCAACUAUAAUUUAUGAUGUCAUUUUAAAA